AUGGACUGGCAUGCCAUCCAGGCCAAUCAGCUUGAUGUUAGCUUUGGUAUAGAGGGAUUUAAUGCUACAAAUGGAUGGCCAGAGCGCUGGAAGCAACGAGAAAAUAUCCAGUUUAAACAGCAACAUGGGGAAACGCAGGACAUUGAUGAAUCUGGUGCAGAGCGUUGGAUAGUUGAAGUUCUUCCUGACAUCAUCAAAGAGUAUGAUGAACAUGAUAUCUUCAAUGCUGACGAAACUGGGCUUUAUUGGCGUGCCAUACCCGAGGGAACAUUAACGUUUAAACACCAUGAAGCUGCUGGGAAUAAAGUGCCAAAAGACAGACUGACUCUGCUACUGGCCUGUAAUAUGGAUGGAUCAGAAAAGCUGCCGCCACUGGUAAUAGGGAAAAGCAAAGAGCCAAGGUGCUUCAAAAACGUCAAGAAACUUUCAGUGGCAUAUGAGGCAAAUUGCAACGCAUGGAUGACCAGUGAAGGUUGGCUGCAGUGGCUGAAGAAGCUGAACAAUUCAAUGUGGUCUAAAAGACAACAAAUUGUUUUGCUGUGUGAUGACUGUGCAGCACAGAGUGAUGAUAUCAGACUGACAAACAUCAAGCUCGUUUUUAUGCCGCCCAACACAACAAGCUUAAUUCAACCCAUUGACCAAGGCAUAAUAGCAAAUUUCAAGCGAAAUUACCAAUCCCUCAUGCUUCGCCGUCUGAUGGCUAUCAUGGAUCUAGGUGACAAUGAAACAAUGAGAGCAAUUGAGCUGGCCCAUAAGCUGACGCUACUUGACAGUUUGCACAUGCAGAAGGAUGCAUGGAGUCAUGUCAGUACGUCAACAAUUGUUAACUGCUACAGACAGGCAAGCUUUGUGAAAGCUGUGGAGGGAGAUAGCACUAUCCCAGUUCCGGGUGCCUCAGCAGCAGUUGUGGGCAAUAGCAGCAGCGUGGGGCUACAGCUGCCUGAUGGAAUGCCAACUAAUGAUUUCGAUCGUUUCGUUGAAAUUGACAGUAAUGCUGCAACACGUGCAGAUAAAACAGACGAAGAGAUAUGUGAAAGCCUGAAAGCAUCUACUCCAGCUGCUAAUCAACUAGAAGAGGAGGAGAGACUGGACGCGGCCGACGUCGAUGACGUUCAGACUGCACCUGCCAUGGCACUGACAUUCGCUAAUGCAGUGAAGAGCUUGGAUUUUAUACGAGCCUACCUAGAGUCAACUGGCUGUGAUUCAUACAAAACGUUUUAUGCACUGUCCAGCCAAAUUUAUGACCAUCGUCUGAACCAGGCACAGACAACAAUAACAGAUUAUUUUCGUUGCGUGUGA